ACUCGGCCAUUUCCGGCAGUUCCCCACCUAACCCACAUCGAGAGCAAUGGCGGCGGAGGAGAAGCAAGAGAUGGGAGCGGGAGCGGGAGCGGCGGUGGGAGAGAAGGGUCCGGCGACUGCGUACAGGGCGAUGGGGAAGACGGGGCCGACGGAGGAGGAGAAGGGAGACGCGGCCGCGGACAAGGGGAAGGGGUCGACGGCGGAGAAGGAAGAGAAGGGAGCGACGGCCGGGAAUGAGGAAGAUGGGGAGGAAGAGGAGGAGGAGGAGAGAGCCACGGCGGAGCGAAAGGGAGAAAAUCGGUUGGCAUCGGCGAAGAGGGGGCAUAAGAAGAAGGCGGAAGCAGAGGAGACGGAAGGGAUGUUCACAUGGUUCUCUGAAAUUGCAUUAUCUGAGAAGGGGACGGCGGCGGCGGAGAGGGAAAGCAGGGAGCGACGACGGUUUAGGAGUACGAAGGGACAAAGGCCGGAGGAGAAGGGAGCGAUGGAAGAGGUGGCCGGCAAAAAAGAGAUCUUUUUCUUCAAGGCCAGUGCUGUCAUCACCUUGGAGAGCUCGGAUGGGAUGCUGUUCACGGUGUCAGAGGAGGCGGCACGGCUGUCCGUUCCCCUCGCCGACAUGAUCGACCAGGGCUGCGGCGGAGGCAUCAUCCAGAUACCCAACGUGGACGCCAGGGCCCUCGCCACGGUGAUCAAGUACUGCAAUAAGCACGCCGACGCCGCCUCUGCCAACCCCGAGGCAUCCGAGGAGGCGCUGAAGGAGUGGGACCGCAAGCUCGUCCAUGGCCUCAGCCAGGACGCCCUCUGCGACGUCGUCAUCGCCGCUCAGUUCCUCCACAUCAAGGGGCUCCUCGACGCUGCCUGCCAGAAGGUCGCCGUCGAGGACAUGGUCAAUUGCAAGACCCGCGGGCAGAUGCACCAGAUAGAGAGGGAAGACAUGUGCACAUGGUUCUCUGGACUUACAUUUUCUGAGAAGGGGACGGCGGCAGCGGAUGGGGCAAGGGAGCGACGACGGUUUAAGAGAACCAAGUGUCAACGGCCGGAGAAGAAGGGAGCGAUGGCAGAGGAGACAGAGCAGGUUGCUGGCGAAAACAACACAUUUUUCUUCAGGGCCAGCGGAAAAAUCAUCACCUUAAUGAGCUCGGAUGGGAUGCUGUUCAAGGUGUCGGAGGCGGCUGCACGGCUGUCCGUGCUCCUCGCCGACAUGAUCGACGAGGGUUGCGCCGGAGGCAUCAUCCCGCUACCCAACGUGGACGCCAGGGCCCUCGCCAUGGUGAUCGAGUACUGCAACAAGCACGCCGACGCCGCCUUUGCCAACAGCCGCGUCGAUGAGGGCAGCAGCAGCAGCAACUCCGAGGCAUCCGAGGAGGCGCUGAUGGAGUGGGACCGCAAGCUCGUCGACGGCCUCAGCCAGGACGCCCUCUACGACCUCAUGAUGGCCGCCAACUUCCUCCACAUCAAGGGGCUCCUCGACGCUGCCUGCCAGAAGGUCGCCGACAAUGUCAAGGGGUACAGCGUGGAGCAGAUGCGCGAGAUGUUCGGCAUCGCCAACGACUUCACCGAGGAGGAGGAGGAGGAACUGCGUAAAGAGAGUCCAUGGGCCUUCGAAGAGUAGGAAUCCCUUUGUUCGAAGCCAUUUCUGCGGUAAAAUCUCACUGUCUGUAUCUGGUGGCUUAGUGGUUCUGUUCUGCCUCCUUUAUCACUAAUUUCCUAGUGGUUGUUUCUUAGAAUUUGUCAAAGAUUAUGGGGGUAAGGUCAACUUGAUUCCUCUUCCACUCUGUCGAAGAAGAUUCGGAACAAAUUUGUGUUUAAAGCUUUGAACUGCAUGCUUCAAAGUGGAUGAAUGAGUUAACCUGACAUUUAUCACCAACCCCA